AUGCUCGACGAGAUGGACACUCAGUUUGGCCCGGUCGACGCCGGUCGCUUCGACUUCACCAUCUUCUUCGAGCAUGCCAUGCUUGGUCUGGUGCCCGCCGGAAUCGUCGUCCUGGCCCUGCCGGUUUUCUUAAAGGCCACUCGUGCUUCCCGCCAGGCUCGGCCAGGUGCUCUACUCUGGCUCAAGCUCAUCCUCAGCGUUUCUCUGGUCGCCAUCCAACUCGCGAGUCUGAUACUAUGGCACAGCGCCACUCGCACACCUGUUUCACUUGCGGCGUCAAUAUUGUCCUUUGUCGCCUCUCUGUGCGUCCUUGCCAUAAUAUACAUCACCCACAUCUAUACAGUGCAGUCUUCAGCACUGCUCAGCGUAUUCUUAUCCAUCACCAUGCUCUUCGAUAUCACCAUGGCUCGGUCUUAUUACAUGAGAGGUGGCAUGGGCACUAUUGCUGCUCUGCAGGUGGCGAUUGCUUCCCUCAAGCUAGCACUGGCUGUGUUGGAAGAGAUACCGAAACGCGACCUCCUUUGCUCGGACCAUAUUCGCGAUGCUGCAGGCCCGGAGCAGAAUAUUGGCUUCUGGAACCGUUCCAUGAUGAUAUGGGUUACUCGUCUGGUGGUCGAGGGCGCCAGGAAAAAUCUCAGAGUAGAAGAUCUUCCGCCCAUCGGCCAUGAAUACAGUUCCGAGCAGCUGUUCGACCGUUUUACCCCGUUCUGGAAGAAAGCUAUAGCCUCCAAGAAGUCAAAAAGACCUCUAGUCAGAGCUGGACUUCGUACACUCUACUGGGAACUCCUCAGCCCAGUAUUCCCGCGACUAUGUCUAGUUGGGUUCUCAUUUGGCCGGCCAUUUUUGAUGCAGCGCGUUAUGGACAUUAUCAGCGAGGGCGUGGUCUCCCGGUCACAAGUCAACGGUCUGAUUGGAGCUACCAUUUUGAUAUUUGGUGGUCUAGCGGCAAAUCUCCAAGGCAAUUUCCGAACGGCUCCAAUACCAAGCAAAGACAUGUGCAUGGAAGAUUUAGCAGCUUCGGCUGCUGUUUCUUUGAUGACAGCCGACAUCGCUGGUCUGGAUCAACUCUUGACCAGACUGCAUUCCACCUGGGCUUCUUGUAUUGAACUUGGCCUCGGAAUAUUUGUUCUUUACCAGUUCGUCGGUGCAGCUUGUUUCUUGAUUUUUAUACCGACAAUCAUUGCCUCGGUAGCCACCUACUAUACGUCAAAGAAGAUGCAAGGAGCCCGGACUAUCUGGAACGAGAAAAUCCAGUCCCGUGUCGCUUCAACGUCCAACAUCUUGGCGCAGCUCAAGAGUAUCAAAGCCAUGGGUCUGACUACCGCCAUAUCCAAUUUUCUGCAAGGAAAGCGCCAGAGCGAAAUCGAUACGUCAAUGAGCGAACGUAAUGCACGUGUUUUCAUCUUUGCCAUCUACGCAUUCGGAAACACAAUGGCUCCCGUCGCGGUCUUCGGCGGGGCUCGAUUCUGGACACGAGCCGCCAACCCCAUGACUGUACCCGAAGUCUUUGCCACAUACGCCAUCAUCUUGAUUGUUUCACUGCCCAUUAGCGAGCUCCUGGGCUAUCUUCCCUACUAUGCCGGCGGGUGGGCGUGUCUUGUGCGCCUCCAAAAAUUCCUUCUGCUCCCCGAAGUAUCCGACAAACGUGACAGUGGCGGUUUGCCGACGCCGCGUAGCGCUGAAUAUGAUGAGAAGAGUUGUUUGUCGGUGCAACCAGGCCCAUAUGCCAUCGAAAUGAACCACGUUUCGUACACUUCUGACCUGACGGGCCCAAUUCUCAGAGACGUGACUCUCCGGAUUCCUACCGGCUGUGUCGUAAUGGUCCAUGGUGGGCUUGGUACGGGUAAAUCAGCUUUUCUCAGUGCAGUUCUUGGAGAACUGCCUAUUGACACUGGCACCAUCGAUAUUGCGACAAGACACGUUGCCUACGCCGCCCAGACGCCGUGGAUUCAAAACCUAACCAUUCAAGACAACAUUAUCGGUGCAUUCCCAUUCAUCGAGUCACUCUAUGACGAUGUGAUAGAGGCAUGUGAUCUUGCCAAGGAUCUGGAUGAUCUUGCCGACGGUGACCAGACCAUGACGGGAAGCAACGGAUGCAAUCUUAGUGGAGGGCAGAAACAGCGCAUAGGACUCGCUCGAGCCCUCUUCUCGCGAUGCUCAAUUAUCAUUCUCGACGACGUGCUCAGCUCCUUGGAUGACAUGACCGCCACAACAAUUACUGAGCGCUUGGUAGGACGCAACGGUCUACUGCGCAGCUGGAACUCGACUGUCAUCAUGACCACCAAGAACCUCAACAUUCUGAGCGCCGCAGAUAUGAUCUUUGAGGUUUCGCAGCAUGGCAAUUUUGUUCAAAUGCCGCUUCCUCGUCCAAACUUCAACCAUGCAACAACACCUUCGCGCUUGCGAGGCCAAACUCCUGAGCCCGCGGACAAAGUAGAGGAGGAUUUGCUUGAUCAAGUCAAGGGGCCACCCGCCGUGGACACAACCAAAACGCCAGAAGUCGGCAACGACAAUAAGAGAAAAGAGAGCGACUAUCACCUCUACCGAUUCUUCUUCAAAUCAACCAGCAUUUUCAUGCUUAUUCUGUGGUUUGUAGGCGUUGCAAUUGCAUCAGCUCUUGAAAGAAUGCCCCAAAUUUUUAUGCGCAUCUGGCUCAGCAUCGAUGCAAAUAAUAACACGUAUUUUGCGGGCUUUGUCGCGCUGAGCGUCUCAGACAUUCUCGCCAUUUCAAUCGUUGGCGUGCAAUUUUUCAAGCAAAUUGUCCCGCAGACGUCGGCAGCGCUCCACUGGGACCUGUUGCAGUCAACUCUGGAGGCCAAACUGUCUUUCCUGAGCCAUACGGAUGCAGGAUCACUGCUCAACCGCUUCAGUCAAGAUGUAGCCUUGAUUUCGCAGACACUUCCGACACUAUUCAUGGCAACUGUCUCCAUGUUUUUCAACGUUCUGGUGGAUAUCGGCGUCAUAUCUUCUGGAGCUAAGUACGCUGCGCCUAUCAUCGUCUUUUUCAUCGUGGCCCUCUAUGCCAUCCAGUACUACUAUCUCAAGACGUCGCGUCAACUGCGUCUACUGGAGCUUGAGACGUCUUCACCACUCAUCACACACGUGACGGAAUCCAGUUCUGGGAUGGCACACAUCCGCAGCUUCGGAUGGCAAUACUACUUCCAGCGCGAAUUUAUACAACGACUUGAUUCCUCGCAAAAGCCAUACUAUUACCUGUUCUGCAUCCAGCAGUGGCUUACCUUUGUGCUUGAUACGAUGACAUUUGUGUCGGCUGUCACGCUCGUCAGCAUAUCCUUGGUGUUCCCGCAAUCCACAUCAGACGGUGCUAUUGGCUUGGCGCUUCUCAAUCUUAUCUCUUUCAGUACCACAGCAUCAUUGUUCCUGUCUGUUUGGGUUCGUGUGGAGACUAGUUUGGGUGGCCUCUCACGCAUCAAAGCGUUUUGCGCGGAAACACCACAGGAGCAGGAUCGUGUUGUCCUUCCGGAAGUUGGGGAAGAUUGGCCCACGACUGGCAAAAUUGAUUUCAAUUGCGUCACGGCGAGCUACAGAGGCCCUGGUGGGGAGGUGCGUCGAGCACUCAACAAUGCAACGGUGAGCAUUGAGCACGGCCAAAAAGUCAGCAUCAUCGGACGCACGGGGAGUGGCAAGUCGUCAAUGAUGCUUGCCCUCCUUCACUUGAUUGAAUUUUCGGGUAGCAUCAGCGUGGAUAACAGGGAGAUCAAGACAGUCCCGCACAACCUACUGCGGUCUCGAAUUACAACAUUGACGCAGGAUGGCGUGGAACUCAAGGGCACAAUCCGCUUUAAUAUGUUUCCUUUUGACGCACCAAUGCCCGCAGAUGACCACAUCAUCGCUGCGCUUGAGGGGGUCGGACUCUGGGCACACAUUGAAAAGCACGGCGGACUAGAUGCGGAUAUUGUGGAUACGCGACUUUCGCAUGGCCACAAGCAGCUUCUUUUCAUUGCUCGUGCCAUUCUGCAUCGGGAAAUCAUGGACACUAAGAUUGUGCUCGUUGAUGAGGCGACGAGCUCGCUGGAUGCGGAGAUGGACCAGCAGAUUCAGGAGUUGAUGGACGAAUCGUUUGCAGACUGCACGGUAGUGCACAUUUCUCAUCGACGCGAGUCCUACGAAACUAUCGACCUCAGCAUCGGGCUCAGCACGGGAGAGGUGGUUGAAGUGCUGCGGCGCAGCUCGAGGUCUGGGCAUUGGAUCCCGGUAUACUAA